CUUCCUUCGCAACCAUGGCGUCCUUGCGAUGGAAGAUUGUGUUGUGAUUUUUUGAACUUUUUACUUUUAAUUUCUGGUAAUGGAGUGCAAUAGAUGAAACCCACUUCAACUACGGUGGAUAUUUCAACUACUUUUGGCCAUAAUAUAAACUGCAGUGCAAUAUAAGCGUUUGCAUGCUUGAGCAGAGUGCUGAGGGGUGUAUCGUAUAUCAGACGAGCUGAUAUCAGAAUGUCUGAACAACCAGCGUUCAAAAUUGAUUUAUUCUGACUUUUGAGUACUAACACUAACACACAGAAGGAACAUGGCUUGACAUGGCCGUACAGUCUUUGGUCGGCAACAAACAUGACUUUCUUGUAAACGAACCGUGCCAGAAUGAAAUAAGACCUCUUUUGGCAGAGGAAAAGGCAUGUUUCAUUGUCGGUGUCAUGCAAGAUGGCAGCAAAACGCGAGAUGAUUUUGGUGUUAGUUUACAAAUUGGCGGAAAUGAAGAGCAGGGCAGGGGCAUCAUGUUUAAUAAGGUGAUAGAGUUCACUGGCCUAUCAGAAAGCAAAGUACUAGGUGUACAGCUGGAAGCGUUUGAACCCACACGAGUUUCGAAUGACAAAUCGUUCAUCCGAGUCGCGGAUAUCCACAAAAACUCUGUUGCUUCUGUGGACGGAAGAUUAAAAAUUGGCGACCGUAUUGUGAAGGUUAAUGGUAAUUCCCUUACAGGACUUUCUACAAACGAAGCUGGGUAUAUUGCUAUAUAUUGUUUGAUAAAUAUAUCAGAUUAAUUUCAUAUAUUGUUGUUUAUUUAAUCGCGUUUAAUUGUCAUGCUGAUACUAAACAUGUUAUAUUCGUGGGAAUAUGUAUUGAUAUUCUAGUAUUUAUGGUAAAAAACGCUUGGUAUUGUUCGCUUACAUGUUAAAAUAUUGCCCAAUUUAAUGGUAACGUGCGUGUGAAUGCUUCAAACGUUUUGCGUGAAAUGUCGGUUGCCUAGGAUCAAUUAUUUGACAGCGAGUAAAGUUUAAUUGACCCGGAAUACACAAAAGCCUAUUUCAAUAUUUUUAAAAUUGAAUAUCCCUUAUCUUGCCUUUAUAAAGAUUAACAAAUAAGAAACACUUUUCCCAGUCAAACAUUCUGGCGAAAACCUUUUCAUAUAACGCUGAAGUAAUCGCUAGUAUUGUGUAAAUAAACACGAAAUGCGUCAACAAUUCGUGUAACAAUUAGAAAGUCAAAUUGCGUCAAUAAUUUUAAAGUGUUUUUUCGAUUGCGCAUUCAGUGAAUAUUUGUUUAAUAUGUCACUAAUUUCAUAUGUAAUAGAGAUAUGUAAUUUAUUGUGCAUUUUCUAGGCAAAUUCUCGAAGGCGCAGUUUUGUCAGGUGAUGUAAGUCUGACAGUGCUGUCAGAACCACAGGAUGAAAAUUCGAUAAAUGACACUGUUCAAACGGAAUGUGAAGCUGAAUUGAAACGCACAGUAGAUCCAGUAAGGAAUGUUAAUUAUGAGACCUUUACAGUCGUCUUCACUUAACUUUUGCCAAAAUGGUCCCAAUUUUGUUUCGAAGUUCACAAAUUAGUUGCUAAGUUACAACGUUCGAAGAUACAAAGUUUGUAAGUUCACAAACCGGUUUGUAAACUAAGCAUUUGAUUGGCUUCUUGCAAUUUAUGGACCAAUUAGAACUGAACUUUGAAACAAAUUUUGCGAACUUCUGAACCGAAGUAUGGAACAAUUUGGUAAAAGUUUUGUGAAAUCGAUUGUAAAACAGAUUAGUGAUUUGACUCUUAAAUUGACGAUUUAGCCUAAUUAUUCAUCUAACUUGCCAACCCUGUCUGGCAUAUGAAAACGACUGCUGAUGCUACUAUUCCUGUUCAUCAGCUUAUGGCGAAAUUUGAAAUGUGACAUCUUUACAGGCAUUUAAUUGAGUACAUAUGCCAGGAUAAGAAUCGUAUACGACUAGACGGAUCAGUCAAGUUGUUGAUGUGCCUCAUACAGGUAUAGACACAAUAUUUCUGGUUGUCCCAAUCAGGUAUUCCAACAGUUGAAUGGUGAAAAUGCUAACCUGUUCUAUUCCCAGCAAGAACAUUCUGAAAUUAACCCAUUGAGCAUCAGGACUCUCUCAUUGACGAGUUAAAUUGUUUGGUGUUACUGUAGAUGCAAUAAAAUAAUAACAUGGGGUGCAAUGCAACUUAAUGGAUUGGAUUACAUGAAAAUUGCUGUAGAGUUGGUGAGCAUUGCUGUAGAGAACCACUGUACUCCACAGAAAUUUUCAACAUCAUUGCCGUGGAGAAGUUUUGAGCAUGAAAUUUGAACUUGGAAGAUGUGUGGAUGGCUAAAAUCAUCAUCCUCAAGUCUCUUGGAUUUGUAACUUACAGGUUUUCUCCAUUUUGUUUAGGAUUCCGUGAAAAAGAUUCAUGUUUUAAAAGAUUCACGAGGUUUGGGCAUUCAAAUUGUUGCAAGAAAAAAUAAAAUUAUUGUUACUGGGAUCUCGGAACAUGGAGCUGCGUACAGGUUUGAAUCGUUUUUUUUUAACAUGCUGCCUUUCAAAAGUAGGUGUUUUGUCCUUGGCCAUCAAAGCAUGGGCGGAUUUACUGGGGCGGGGUGAGAGGGGGAUUAAACCCCGCCCUAGAAUCUCUUUAACCCCUCUUAUAAAGUGUUCACCCACCAAAAUUUCGCUUCACCCCUCCUAUUUUGUGUGAAAGUCUUUAACCCUAAUGCCUAACCCCUGCCAAAGCUCACUCCACUAGAAAUUUUUACACCCCUCCUUUUAAAUCCGCCCUUGCAUCAAAGUUAUUUACCACAAUUGUAUAUAUGUAAUUACUGUGCACAAUGAAACAUUAAUGAGUUUGCUUUGCAUUGAAUUUAGUCAUUUAGAGCCCAUUUCAGACGGCAUACUUUUCAUGUGUGGAACUUAAUUGACGUAUUAGGUCCAGCAGAAGAGCGAUGUGUGAAUCAAUUAAGUACAGCAGAAUUUGUAGGGGCAAAACUUCAACACAAGUUCAGCAGAUCCUGUCACAUUAUGCAACGUUGGAGCGACAUUGAUUCAUACCAGUAUCCACUCCUGUGCCAAACCUAACUCAACUUUUUGAAAUUUGUAGUAUCAGAUUGGCCAUCUUGUAAAUAUAUAAAUUAAAAUUAAAAUAGAUUUACCAGAGUACCCCCAACAUAGAGUACCCCCAACCUUGUCAAUGACAUUAUAUUUGUACACUGUUUGAAUCUCUGCCGUUCUUGUAUUGCUUCAACUUUGCAUCUACAGUAAUACUAUUAAGUUUGACACAUGGAGAGUAUGUUGUCUGAAACAGGACUUAAGCCUUGGGCAUACUAGGAAACAUUGUUUUGGAAACAUUUGUGAUUCUCGAUGUUUCCUCAAAUGUUUCCCUGUUUGCCCACCCAUUGAAACAUUGUUGCGGCAACAAAAUUUGCUUCCCGAGAAGCAAAAGUGUUUCCUAACGAAUUCAGAAACAUUUGAUGUUUACCUAUGUUUCUCACUAAUGUUUCCUAGUGUUUGCCCACUCUGGGAAACAUGGCGAAACAUUGGCAGGAAACAAUGUUUCCACAACAAUGUUUCCUAGUUUGCCCCGGGCUUUACACUCUGGCGAAUGUACAGUAUCUGAGUGUACUGGGUAAAACAUAAAGUUUUAAAACAUUCUACCUCCCCCCACAAUUGUAUGACAGCACAUAAACUAUGUGUUUUUUUUUAAUGCAGGGAUGGUCGGUUACAUGUUGGUGACGAACUGGUAGCCAUCAAUGGCAAGAGUCUUGCUGGAGUAGAGAAACAAGACGCAAUAAAUUUACUUCGAUCUUCUCCAAGAUUAAUACAAGUCAUUGUUAAUUCAAAGGUUUGUUCAAUCGUUUCUUUUUCGUGCAAAUUGUAUUCUUUAACCCACACUCUCUCCUUGAUGGGUAAAAUUGUCUGGCGUUAGACAGAGUAAAAUAAUAAAGUACAUAAUAAAGGGUUAACCCAUAUGCACCCUACUUUGUUCUUCUACUCUGGCUAACACUAGACGAUUGUCCUCACUCUGUUUACAAUCAAUGCUAAAUCACAGAUUUUCACGUGUUCAUACAACGGCUGCAUUUCAAGCCACAACAAGUGCAACUUCAAACUGGGUUCAGCAGAACUCUUCCCAACCAUAAAACCAUGUCUUCAACUUCUAAGACUGUAUUAAAAUUCAUACGAUUGAUGAUAUACGACGAACUAUCAUUACUACCAUUUAUUUGGAGAAGUUUGUUUUGGCCGCCGCCGUCGCAUUGCCGUCCUAAAAUCGUAAAGUCUGUAUUUGAUUCUCACUGCAGACUCAUAAACUUAUGUGAAACAAGUCAGUCAACACUAUACCAAAAGUCAGGAUUUUUUGGUCACUAAUUCUGGAGUAGGAAAUCAUCUAAGCCCAAAAUUUAUUUCACAGGAAAAUUUGUUUACCCUGUAGCUGUGCUCUGUGAUGUCAUAAGGUGGCCACCAUGCACACCCCCACACACCCCACCUAUGCAUACCCCCACUCAUACCCCAUACUGUUCCCACAUGCACAUCCUAUACUUACCCUCCACUCAUGCACACACCCACUCUGGGCACUCCCCUCCCCCCCCUCCCCCCAACUAGAGUGGAUCGAUAUUGCAAAUACCGAAUACCGAUAUACCGCCAUCAGAAUACCGGUAUACCGGUAUUUUUAACAUGUUUUUUUAAGUCAAACUGAACUGCUGACCGUCGAGAAAAAUCAAGUUUUGACAAAAUACUAAUGUGGCACAUACUGUUAUUAGUGCAAAUAUCACAAGAUUCGCAUUAUCAAGCUAUGUUAACGGCGCUAAGCGGCAAUUAUUAGUAGGCUGUUGAUUGGGCGUCGAAGUGUCGAAUCUGUGAGCAUUAACUUUGCUUUCUAAACGUGAUUGUAAGCAAGUUUUACUUGAAAUAGCGUUUCAAUUCGAUAUUAGGCAGCAAAAUACCGAAAUGUCAGUAUAUCGGUAUUUUUAAAUUGUCAAUAUCGCCAAACCGGUAUCUAAACAAAUACCAGUAUACCGGAUAUAUCCGGUAUAUCGAUCCACUCUACCCCCAACUUAUAGAGAUCAGCCGCAUUGGUGCUGAACUUCAUUCCAUAGUGAGGUUUAUAAUCAGGGAUCAAAAUAACAUCUGAAAAUAUUGUUUAACUCCAGAACCAAGAUUCUGAUUCAUCAGAAGACGAGAUGUCCAUGCAACCUUCGAAACAAAACACUGAAGAGGUCGGUUUAAAGAAAUUCAUUCGGCGAAGAACCGAGAAAAAACCCGCAUCGCCGAACAGACAACAUCUGUACGAAAUCACAGAUGGAAAUACUCGGCCUGUGGUUUCUGAGGCUCUUGAAACAGAACAAACCUUGGUUAGACCACGCUCGCAAGCUUCUCCAACCAAAUCAGUUACCAUCGGUAACAAUGAACGAAAAAACAAACAGGCACUUAUUGAUUCUGCGAAAAAAAGAUAUUCAAAAAGAAGUAUAAGUGACGAUAAUAUUUUGUUAAACAACGAAGAAAUUCAAAAUAUUUUGGGAAAACCCGGAAAAGUACAGACGCCGGUUCAAAGAACGUUUUCAGUUAUAUUAGUCAAAGGGCCGAACAGGAGUCUGGGAUUUACUAUCGUAGGUGGUCGUGACUCUCCCAAAGGAAAAAUGGGAAUUUACGUCAAGAGUAUUUUGCCUGAUGGAGCUGCUGCCAGCGAUGGCCGCUUAAGACAAGGUACCCCACCCACUAAGUCUUAUGUUUAGGGGGCUGUCAUUAUUUAAGGCGAGGGGUGGCACCGAAGAGAAAAGGGUUGGGUAAACAAAAUUUUGAGCGAGUAAAAGGUUGGGUAAAUGAAAAACAGGACAACUUAAGGCCCACAUAGACCGGACGCGAUUCGUCAUCGCGACGCGAAUUUUCAAUUUUCAAUGACAUUUAACUUUACGAUUUUUCUAUGUUUUUCAAAUAUUCGGAACCACUUAAGCAAUUUUAGCUAUUUGGUCUGCGUACAGUAUCUUGUAAAAAUUACAUGAUUUUAAAAACUGAAAAUUCGCGUCGCGUUGUCGAAUCGCGUUCGGUCUGUAUGGGCCUUCAAGGGUUGCGUAAUAAAAAAUUAUCAUUUCCAAAGCUUGAUUCACUCAAAUAUUGAAGACUAAAAAGCAAUGGCAACAGCAACAAUGCAAUGUAUAAAUCAAUCAGAGUCACUAUUUCCAGUAUCUUGAUCGUUUUACGAUUUGUCAGGAGGCAAAUAAUGUCGCUGAAGAAAGUACAGUACAUAUGCAGACAACAUGAAGCUUUAGACUGCAGAAAAUUGCACAAGCAGUUAUCAAACUCAUGUCACAGAAGUGGUAAAGGACAUGUGUGACAACUGAAUGGUAUCUUGUUGUAAAGUUUUUGGCCAGGGGUGGGUAUUUAUUUUUAAUGGUUGGUUCAGCACAAUUUUUAGCAAGAAAAACAUUUCUCUUCGUUGCCACCCAUUCCCCGCCAUAAAUAAUGACCGCUCCCUUAUUUAGUUUUAAAAUUAAAGCGUCAUUCGGUCAUCCCAAUGAAUGUUGAUACAAAUGAGAAGAUUAUAAAGUUUUAUAUUUUUCUUUAUUUUCCUUAUUGUAUUUCAUUUGUAGGUGACGAGAUCGUGUCGGUAAACAGUGUGAGCUUAAACAACUUCUCUCAUGCUGAAGCUGUAAGAAAAUUUAAGGUUGGUACAAGCGAGUUGCGACUCAUCGACUCUCACGCACUCUCAAAUCAAUUCUUAUCAAAUUUUCAUGAAAGUUGAUAAAAAUUUUCGGUAUAUGCGCGCGGUAACUUCCAAUCAACUCUCAUGCAACUCUUGUUCUUGUUUCACCGGGGCAUGAGAGUUGAGAAAACUCUCAUGCAAACUCUCGCUUCUCAACUCUCAUCAACUCUCAUGCAACUCUUGUUCUCGUUUGACCGGGGCAUGAGAGUUGAGAAAACUCUCAUGCAAACUCUCGCUUCUUAACUCUCAUGCAACUCUUGUUCUCGUUUGACCGGGGCACGAGAGUUGAGAAAACUCUUAUGCAAAUUCUCGCUUCUCAACUCUCAUCAACUUUCAUGCAACUCUUCUUGUUCUCGUUUGACCGGGGCAUGAGAGUUGAGAAAACUCUCGUACAAACUCUCCCUUCUCAACUCUCAUUCUCGUUCUACCAAGGCUUUAAACGCAUUAAAAGCGCUCUUGUUCGUUCAUUAUGCCCCAGUCAGACGAGGAUUUACAGUAAGAAGCGAGAGUUUUACUCGAGAGUUUUCUCAACUCUCAUGCUCCCGUCAAACGAGAACAAGAGUUGCAAGAGAGUUGACUAUAUAUUACUGAUUAAACGAGCAAAAAUUCUGGUCAACUGUCAUCAAAAUUUGAACCAGCUCAAAAUUUGAAGAGAGCCGAUGAGAAUUAACGGUCAAACGCUAGCGAGAGUUGCAACUUUCAUCAACUCUAAUCGUUUGAUUGGAACUUUAAACCCUGCAUUAAAAUGGCAUUCUAUUUGAACUGACUAUUCUUCAAACUACAAACUUAAUUGACGAAAACUGUUGUUUUGUACAGCGUCUUGGUCAAGGCAUAGUAAAUCUCGUUGUACGUCGACCAUUCUCAAGCUCCUCACUGGAACCGCCGUCUUCUAUGUCGUCAACAUUGCGUCGUACAGCCUCGCUUCAGAACAUGAAUACUGUGUAUUCUCCACCUCUGACUGAAAUCAAGAAGAUAAAAAUCGUCAAAGGUUGGUGAAGUAUUUGUAAAUAUCAAGGUUGUGGGCAUCUUGCUCGAUAGAACUAUUGUGUUGAUGGGUUUUUGAUAGAUGGAAAUUUUGAUCGAAAGAUUUAUAUACAACUGAUUUUCAGACCUAAGUACACUGUACUUAGCUAACCUGGGUGGAAGGACUCGGGCCACAUGUGUUUCGAAUACUAUACCGUUGCAUUUUUCGUAACUGCAUGCCCCUGAUUAGGUCUGAAAAUUGUAUAUAAAUCUUGAAAUAGUGAAAUGUUUUAGCAUUGGAGAGGUUCAGAUUUUGACUUUCGCUACCUUACAUUAUGAUUCAGCUCACUCCCUUUGGGGCUUUUCAGUGACCGAUUACAUCAAGUAUUACGCUUACUUGCAGUAUGUUACUUAGUUAGCCUGCACGGCUAAAAACGCUGAGCCCGCUGUUUAACAGGAUUGAACAAUGUUUUACUGCCCACGUUGUUUACACUUGUCAACAAUAUUGAACAAUACUGUUGAGUCUGAAUCGGGUGUAUAACAAUAUUGUUCAAUAUUGUUGACAACUGUGAACAAUGUGGGCAUCAAAGCAUUGUUCAAUCCUGUUUUCAUCAAUAUUGCAACAACCUGAUCGUUCUUACGCGUGUAGACUAUUUAUCUUUACAACAGUUCUGAUUAGAUUCUGAUUUAGGGGGCUUCGGUGGCCAAGUGGUUAGCGCACUUGCCUUUCACCUCUGAGGCUCCAGGUUCGAGUCUCACUAAGUACCUUCUCAAUGCGACUCGAACCCAGUCCCCAUGUGAAAAGAGUAAAAGUCAACGCUCUGACGAAAGCCGUGGGUUUUCCCCGGGUACUCCGGUUUCCUCCCACAGGGAAAGUUGACAGGGUGGGUUAGGUAAAAAGGGCCCACAGUAAUUGGCAUAUGCUGUUGUGGUGACCCUGCCCUAGUUGGCAAAGCUAAAUAAAUAAAAUAAAAGAUUACUUUCCUAACUGUGUUUAUCCUAACCCACCCUGUCAACUUUCCCUGUGGGAGGAAACCGGAGUACCCGGGGAAAACCCACGACUUUCGUCAGAGCGUUGACUGAUUCUUUUCACAUGAGUCCAUAGAAACGAACCCACGAUCUGAGAGGUGAAAGGUCUUGCUCCGACCGCUGCCCCACCGAAGCGCUCCCCCCCCCCCCCCCCCCCCCCCCUCCCAUACGAAGCUACCAUUACCAAUAACCAAUCAAAUGCACUUAAUCUACCUGAUUAAUUAUUCAAUUACGUAUUAAGUCUGUGAGAGGUACAGGUAGUGGGAGUCAAAUCUGAACAUGUGUUGAAAUGUUAGAUCACCGAUAUAAAUAUCUCUGUUUAGAAAAACACGUGGACCUUGGCUUUUCAAUCGCUUGCGGUGGCUGGAAAGAAGGAAGUGAUUAUGUGGUUUAUGUCCAAUAUAUCAGUGACAACUCACCAGCAGUCGAUAAACUACAGUAAGUAAGCAGUCACACCAUUACGCCUGCUUUGAGUCUCGUUAUAUACUGCGCGGUUUGAUUUCAUGUAACGUGAGCUAUAAAAAGCUAUUGCAAUGAAAUAAAGAUCAUUUCAUUCAGAAAGGACUAACGUAGAUUUUGAUAUAUAACACUUGAAUUUACAUGCAAUAUUGAGCGAGAUACAACCAAAAUAAAAAUAUUUAUUAUUUAACAAGUAUAACUACAUCGGUAAUUAUAAGGUUGUUUUAUGCUAUUUUUUUUGCAUUUUCAAAAACAGUAGUUCAACGUUCAAACAUCAAUAGCGCAGUCAAUAUUGCAUGUAAAUUCAAGUGUUAUAUAUCAAAAUCUAAGUUCGUCCUUUCUGAAUGCAAUGAUCUUUAUCUCAUUGCGAUAGCUUUUAUAGCUUUUACGUCACAUGAACGUGCCCUAACAUGGCCUUUAAAAAGACCUAUCUUUCAUGUUUCAGGGUAGGCGAUGAAAUUCUGAGCGUUAACACGGAGGAUAUUUCUCGCAAAUCCUUCGAGGAUGCCGUGGAAUUCCUAGAAAAGAUCCCACAGGGCAGAGUAACCAUGGUGAUCAAACGACCGAGAGCGAAACCAUCGUUACUACUCUUGGACAAUGAAAGCGAUUAUGUCGGUAAGGCUUUGUGAACUCUAGAGGUACACUGCAGAAGUGAGAUCUAGAACUUCAGCCAUUCGGCCCAUUUCUUCAAUUGAACCGCAAAGUACAACAUGUGGAUGAAUUUUCCUGCGCUAUAUGCAAACAUGUUUUGUUUUCCCAAUGCUUUGGUAACAGGUCAUAAAAGUCGUAUAUAGUCCUAUAUAGUAUCUUCAUAGCGAUAUAUAGUAUCUAAGAUGGUGGAAAUGUUUUAAGAGGCGAUUUUUUUGUAUGCCUGUGUGAUGUUACUCUGAGUGUAUAUCCACACCGAGCAGGCUUGAAAAAUAUGCCUGGCCACGGUGGGAAUCGAACCUACGACCUCUGGAAUACUACCCCACACUCAGAGUAACAUCACACAGGCAUCUUAUUCACCUGAGUACAUUACACCAACACAACAAUAUAAUUUUUUUGUAUGUUACGUAACACGCGCUCAAAACUAAUGAGUAAUAUAACACUUGCUGUUAUGACUAUACAUCCAAAUUUUUUAUUUUUCGAUACGUUUCUCAAUCGGCAAACAAACUUAAAAAGUAUAUGUUUAGUCCUUUAUCUGUAAAAUAAUGCCAAAGUGAAGAGAUUUUAGAUGGUACGCCAAAGAGAAAAUGAUCUCUGAAGUUCAGCAAGUUUGGCUUAUAUUGCUGCAAAUAUGGCGUCACUUUUAAAGCGUCAAUGAUAAUUGUAUUUUAAUUGACAAUUUUGUACUAUUAUUUUAUGUUUCUCAACGGCAAAUGCAUUCUAAAAGGUUGCUAACUGUAUAAACUAGAGAAUAAAGCUAAAACAAACCAAUUUUGAGAUGUGCGCCAAAAAGAUUUUAGGUUUUGAACACUUUUCAUCGCAAAUACGUGACAUAGAAAAAAAUUGCCUCUUAAAUAGUACUUGACAUUUCUAUGUACAAACCCCUUCAACUUAUUGAACUUCUAUCGCGAGUGACAUCCCUGGACUCAAUUGGUUAGAGCGCUGCACCGGAAUCGCAGGACAGAAGGUUUGGUUCCUUGCCAGGGACCUAUACUAUAGUUGCAUUUUUUGCAGCUGCCCCUGGUAGGUCUAAAAAUGUUCACAUUUUACACUCAAUAAUUUCCAUCGCAACACUGAUCCGAAAAAAUAUUAUACACCUGUUUUGCACGGAUAUUGAUAUUGUGUGAUUUUCUCGAGUGCCUCAAACUUCCCUCUCGUAAUGUUCAUGUAUUUUUCCUUCAGAUUCUUCGAGUAUCGAUGGGUCUUCAGAGGCUUCAGACUCGCCUGCGUCGGUUAGAAAAAGGAAGAAUUUAAGUCUUGUAAGUAUGAAACAUUUGAACCUAUAUGCAACGUGUGAUUUUUUGUAUUAUUUAAGUAUUAUUUUAUAGUGUUAAGUUUACGUUGUGCAACCACCACUUGUAUUUAAUAUUUUCGCAAUUCUUUGGCACUUAAGCCCCGGUCAAACCGAGCAUGAGAGUUGAUGAGAGUUCGCAGUCACCAAUUGUUACUGAAGGCAUUUCAAGCUCUUGAUUAAGAAUAACGGUUUGAUGAUGAGUGUUUCAUUUAAAAUUGACAUUUUUUCCCCCAAAGUUUGCAUCCGCGAUAUUUUAUCAGAGUAUGGAUUAUAAUUUUAUUUUGUAGUCUUUAUUGCUUGCGGGCUAUAUAGUCACUAUACGAAAAGCACAUGUAAUGUAACAAAUUAUGUUAAUUAGUAUAUGAAAGUUGAAUAAAAAAUUCACAUUCUUAACAUGUUUUAUUUUCAUCAAAAUAUGAUCGAAAAAACCCAACAAUUUUUGGAUUGGCAUCCAUUUUACCAUUGUUGAUAGUUGAAGAAAUCUGUAGAUGUUAGAUUAAACUUGCGUAAUUCUUUAUGAUAUUAUUGCUUGUAACUCAAAAGCCAAUAAAUGUUGGCAUUGACUUUUGUAUCGUCAUGAAGACUGUAUGCAAUCAAUAUGACAAAAAUAUGUUAACAUAUGCAGCAUAUAUCGUGGUUUAGUACAUCUCGCCCUGCAGUCGCUUCCUCUCCAAUUUGGCAAAGUUCAAAUUUCAGCGCUUUCUUCACCAAUCUAUUCUAAAUCUAAAAAUUAGUUCAGUGCCAUUCAAAAUAAACGGACGUAUGAAACUCGUACUCCGUAGUUCAUAAUCGCUACUGUUGAAAAGUGAAGUAUGUAAUUAGCCUUCUAUAUUGAAAUUGAGAAAUCGAAAAUUGUUAUAUUUGUGUGCAAUACAAUUCAUUUAGCAAGAGUACUGCAUAACUCUCAGGGUUGCAAAUAAAUAUUUGACUUGACAGUACAUUUGUUCGAUCACUUUUAAUUUUGGUCGAACAUGACUUGAAUUUGGUCGGACAUAUAUACGUCACAAGAUACAGUACAUAUAAGUCACGAAACAAGUAUGUAUAGCCAUUUCGGCGCAACGUUAAGAAAAAUGCUAGAAUGCCUCGUAAAUUUUAUUGCAAAAUGCAAAUUGAGUGAAUUUGCAAUCGGAUUUUGUCACAGCAAAAAGAUGUAUAAUAUGACAAUAUAUCAAAAUCACUUUUGCUCGGACAUUUGCCAAAUUUAGUCGGACAUUGUCCGAUGUCCGACAGUAAUUUGCAGCCCUGGAACCACAGAAUACUACACAGAGGUCCAUCUCCAUUGCUUUUUGCGUAAGCGCUAUUCGUCAUGAUUCGUCACUCAGCAAGUACCGUAAACAGAAGCAGUCACCCCCUCCCCCCCCUGGACGUGCGCCAUUUUUAGUAUUUCCAGGGGGGUGACUGCUUAUAUACUUAUAGGUUACGUUUACACUAUACCAGAUAGCUUUCAGUAGCGGCGCGAAAAAGCGCCUGAUCCGAUACGGAACGUACAACUUUCAGAAGCUGGGCGAAACAAAAUCUCUCCGUUGCAAUAAUUCCUCUGAAAAUAGCGUUCCUAAAAGGUACGGAUAUAGGUGUUUUCUCACGUUGCUACGGCAAGCUAUCAGGUACAGUGUAAACACAGUGUUUUCAAUAAUAAUCAUCAUAGUGGGCUGCAGUUCAAAAAUAGGCGUCUGCGUUCAAAAAUUUCAUGUGAAAGCCAAAUUUCAAUCCUUUCUUAGGUUUAGUCAGUAAAAAGAAAUCUGCUAUAAAUUUAAGACUGAUUUGAACUUCUUUGUUCUCCCCACCUUAAACUUUUGUAAUAAUAUGUUGAUUGUUGCUCUUACUUUUAGUGAUAAUAUUAACUUUUGAUACAAUACUCAUCUGUAUAGGAUUAGUGUAGGUAAUAGUACGGCUUCAAGUCCAUUUUUGUAAAGACAUGCAUGAGUAUGCUUUUUAAGAGGAUCAUGGUAACUGUUUAUUUCGUAGUGUAAGCCAUCAACUUUACAAAACAGAAAGUCGUCAUGCCCAAAUAAGAGCUCUUGCAAUUCAACAUUUAAUAAACGAGUUACGAAGGCCAAGGGAGUGAUAAGGAAUUGUUUAUCCCCUAACAACGUUGUUCUAAUCCACAUUUUUGAGUAACGUGCCUACUUUUAGCCUAUGGCUAUGCCUGCUCUUACUGUGACUAGGUUGUCGGCGACCUUAUACAGUUCUUGCCGUGUCGUGUCUUUUUCAAUUUGAAACUUUACACUAUCCUUGGAUCCCUAGUUACUUGCUUUAAACUAUUUUCAAUAAAAUAAUACAAUCUAAUGUCGCUAGAAAAUUGCAGUAAACGAAAAAAUAACCGGCUGUCAGAGACGAAAUAGGCGACGGUAAACCGCCGGUAACCGCCUCUUAUUGAAAACACUGUAAACAUACUGUAUAGCCCAGGGUUCGUACAAAACUUGAAAGUCCUUGAAUUUUACAACAAAAAUUCAAGGCCUUGAAUAUCCUUGUGUUUGUAAAGAAGUACUUGAAAGUUCUUACAUUCUUCUUGCUUUAGGUUAUGGAUAUUUUCUGAAAUUGUUUGACAUUCAAAACGGACAUUUUGUUGAGUUGAUUUUGCAUGUUCAUAUCUGACAAAGCUGUUUCAAAUUCAUAAAAUCCCUUUCUGAACAAUUCAACGUCACAUUUUACUGAAUCCUAAGAUUUCUAACUUCUCUUCAGUAUUUAGUGCUUGAAUUUGCUGGGUUGAAUGUCCUUAAAAAGUCGUUGAAUUUGACUCUUCGGUCUCUUCCUCACAUGUACGAACCCUGGUAGCCUUAUAUUACCUGUAUUUUAUGCUUACUUAUAUUACUUACUUAGCCUAGACUAUUUAUCUUUACAACAAUUGUGAUAUUAAUAGUUUUGUUUGUGGAAACAUCACCGAUCACGUAAAUUUAUUACUGCAGUAAUAAAUUUACGUGGUGUUUCCACAAACAAAACUAUUAUAUUUUAUCGCUAUGCAAACAUACAAAGAACUUAAUUGUGAUAUUACUUUCCUAACUAUGUUAAUCCAAACCCACCCUGUCAACUUUCCCUAUGGGAGGAACCCGAGAAAACCCACGACUUUCGGCAGAGCGUUGACUGACUCUUUUCACAUGCAUCCAUCAUGAGUCCGUAGCGAGAAUCGAACCGACGGUCUCGAACCGACGCUAUUGUUAAUGAACACAUUUUCGUUGACGUUGCUGUUGUGCUCCCCAGACUAGUUAAUGUCAUUAGUUCUGCUCUAGUGAUGUUUUGCUGACAAACGGCGUCUGCUCUAUAUUUUCUGUUUCAAACUAUGGUCUUUAAACGCUUACCGAAUAUAGCUUACAAUAACUUGGCGAAUUCCCUGAUGCAUAUCGAUAGAAAAAGUUUACUUUUCUAUCUUGAUUUAUCACUAAUCAUAUUGUUUUGUGCUUUUUAAGCCUGGCUCGUUUUACUCUGCCAAACUGAUUGAAGAGACAGUAAAGAUAUCGAUGGACAUAGACGAUGAUUUAACUGAUGGCUCACGACAGAGGUUUCUUCCUGCCAGCGAUCCAGCCGUCUCUCGAGGCAAAGGCGAUGGACAGGAGUCCACAGAUUACACAGAAUCGAGAAAUGCGAUCUCCAAGAAUAAAUAUGUAAGCAGCUCAGGUGCUUUGCCUGAUGGCUUUGAACUGCAUGUCGUUCAUAUUGAUAAAGAUUUGGCCGGCUCUCUCGGUAUCUCGCUCAUUCCUUGUGGUGAUUAUUUGAAAGGUCAUUUUAAGGUAUGGCAAUUGUGAUUUGUUCGCGUUUCAUGAAAAACGUUCCCUCAACUCUCGUGCCCCAGUCAAACGAGAAACAAGAGUUGAUGAGAGUUGACUUGGUAUUUCCACUCGUGUCAAAAACUCUGAUGUUUGUGUCAUCAAAAUUUCAACCAGAUCAAAGUUGAUGAGAGAUGGUGGUGAAACGCGAUCGACUCUCGUCAACUCUUGUUAACUCUCAUUUUGGUUUGGUCGGCGCUUUAUUCAAACUACAACAUCGUUGAAUGCAACAUUGUGUUGGCCUCGUUUGAAGACUAUGUUGGAAACAAACAAACAAACAAACAAACAAACAAACAAACAAACAAACAAACAAACAAACAAACAAACAAACAAACAAACAAACAAACAAACAAACAAACAAACAAACAAACAAACAAACAAACAAACAGCACAGACCAAUUCAAAUAAACAAACAAACAAACAAACAAACAAACAAACAAACAAACAAACAGCACAGACCAAUUCCAAAUGGUUAUCAUUCUUUUUCUGCCAAAAUUAAAUCCAACCAAGUUAGUCACAAACAAACAAACAGCACAGACCAAUUCCAAAUGGUUAUCAUUCUUUUUCUGCCAAAAUUAAAUCCAACCAAGUUAGUCACUGCCAACCUUUUCGAGUAUGAAUAUAAUACCAUGUAUUCUAUUUGAGAAAUUAAAUGUUAAAAAUCCCGGAGUUUGUGGUACAUUUAGCAAAGACGACUGACUAGUCUUGGUUUGGUGCUAUUCGCAUAAAGGAAUAUAAUUUGGCUUGCAUAGAUUGUUUUCAAUCUUAAAAUCUUACACUUUGCUUUAAAUAGCAAUCUCUGCUAAAAAUUGUUUAUUAGCCUGGCGAGGCGUAUAAUAUACAAUAAUGCAAAAUUGUGGCGGCUAGUUUUCGAGUCGGGUAAUACUAUAACCAGAUUUUCACUACACAACUUAAUCGGAGGUUCCUGGGGUUGUUAGUUCUUAACCAGCCACCCGGUUUCGUUUAGGGUUUGAAAAUUGUUUCACUUUAUUCAGUUCUUCUUCGAUAUCAGCAACAAGUAUAAGUUGUUUAAGUGAUGAACGUUUCUUUAACUGCGGGGUUUGUUUUUGCAGAUACGGCGGUUGCUGUCGGGCAGUGUGUGCGACAAAACUGGCAAUCUGUUUGUCGGGGAUUGCCUUGUCUCAGUCAACGGCGAAGACCUGAGGGACUUAUCUCAUACAGCUGUCUUACAAGAACUCAAGAAACCUCGAACACAUGUAACUUUGGUUGUAUUGAGAGAGAUAUUAUUGAAUCAGUCUUCGGGGAACAACAGUAACUCUUCACUUAGCGGAUCUGUUCCAUUUCACCAAUCCAAGAAUUUUCAACAAUCUAGAGGCUCACCCGUACCCGCUGAUAUCCCUCCCCCACUCCCUUCAUCUUCCCCACCGCCCCUCUUUGAUGACGAACAACAGAAAUAUCAUCAAGAUGAACUAGAGUCUUUACUUUCUGAAACACUGGAAUGCGAUCCUGCAUUCCCAGCGAUGGAAUCUAGUGGCCAGACAUUUUUACCACAACACAAGGGGAGGACUCCUGGUUUUAAUGAACAUGGGUUUUCCCCACCUCCUCGAGAGGGUAGUGCUCUUAACAUGCCUUUUCAUAAAGAAACAAUGACUGAAUCAAAUGUCACCCCACCUGCCACAAACAAAGGGCCAAUUAUAAACCUAGGUGUGCAAGGUAGUACCCCACCUCCAGCAAUGAAGAACGAAGGGACAUCGAAGCCUCUACACUUGACUUCAGAAGACACCACAUCUCUUUUACCCCCUCCAUUUGUUUACGUUGAAGAUGGCCAGCUUGAUGAUUUUCAAAGGCAACCGUCGUUUAGUAAAUACAUUCUUAAACCCCCACCUACGGUGGAGGAUGAGACGUCGGUCUCUACAAUUAUCGAACAAACCAAGGUCCUACCCCCAUCAUUGUCGCUUAAUAAUAAUGAUUAUUCAAAGGGGGACACCCCGGAACAAGAAGGCUCGUUGGAAACUGUUCAUUAUUUUGUCGUGCCCCCACCGCUAUCUUCAGUAGCAGCUCAGGAUAUAUACCCUACUCCACCAAAUUCCCCUCCUAAACCACCUCUUCCUGCAACAUCUUGUGCUUUACAUAAAACCAUACCCUCCCCUCCGGAUUAUGAUGAGGAAAAAAAUCAACCCACUCUCCAAAUUCUGCCCCCACCUCCCUUAGAGAAUUCAGAUUCAGAAGCAUUUCCAUCAGUUGUUCCACCACCUCCAAAAAUGGUCCUGUUCCCAACUACCGCUCCUUCAACUUUACCCAAUUCACAGAAGGCGCCCGAGUCUCAUUUUGAAGGCGUCCUUCCCCCACCUGUAUCAGCUAUUGUCUCCACUACACCUUACCCAUCAAUUCCCCCGUCUUCUGUGCCUCUAAGAUCAAGUACUACUUCAAAUAGGUCAACCGUUACCCAAACCGUUAGCCCACCACCUUCCACCAAACACCCUACCUCUGCAGACUUCACAGUUGUUCCUCCCCCUCCUAAACACCAUUCUUCAACCUCACAUUUUGUUAUGCCCCCACCACCAUCAUUUGUUCCCCCACCUCCUAGGCACUCAAUUUCACCCUCGAGCUCGUUUUCAACACCCUCAAAACCCACAGCCCCUACCUCAAGUAGAUCAUCCUCCACUCUCUCAUCAUCUGUAGAUAUCGGCCCACCUCCCCAGCCCGUCGCUUUACAUUCCGACCAAACACCAACCCCUCCUAUAACUCUUCACUCCACACAAUCCAGUUUCAAAGUACCUAAACCAUCUCCCCCAGCUACGCCCUUCACCUACGCACAAACUGCAUCUCCCCCUCCUCCCCACCAAUCCUACCCAAAGGCAUACAACCCCACUCCCCUGGCUUUCUCACCGUCUUACGAUCCCCAUGCUAAAGCAAAAAUAGAUGAUUCACAUCCCCCCGUUCCCCAUCCCGAGUCAGAAAUAGAGUUACCGCAAAUACCACAGGUAGUCCAACCAGAAAAACCAACAAAUCGUAUCUCGCCAUCAAACUCCGCAAUUUGCCUCCUCGAUGAAAUUUUGGAAUCGCAAACCGCAGACAGUACAUCCUCUUCUGAUGCAAAGUCCGUAGAUAUGACUACGGUCAAUGUUAUUGAAACUAACACGACCAUCGAGGCAUCGCGGGCGCCGAAAACAUACCAUACAGAUUGGAAUUCCGAGUCAGCGGAGCUACCAAGUGAAAAAGAUCGUGGCUCUAAAUCUUCAUUGUUGUCGAAUAUGGUAGUCGGACAACGUUCUGAGGAAUUUCCAUUCAUGAUCGAGUACCAGCUUAAGAAAUCCAAGGGACUGGGAAUGAAAGUUAGUUCUUCGGAUGAUGGUCGGAUUGUUAUCGUAGAUCUCUCGGCGAGUGGAGUUGUAAAGAAAGAUGGGCGAAUAAGGUAUGUUGAUUUAGAUAACCUACUGAACUUAAAUUUUUGUGGUUUAAGUGUCACUAAUUGACCGGUCAUUGUUUAUGGCGGGGGGUGGCACCGAAGAGAAAAGGGUUGGGUAAACAAAAUUUUGAGCGAGUAAAAGGUUGAGUAAAUGAAAAACAAAAACUCAAAGGUUGGAUAAUAAAAAAAAUAUUGUCAUUUCCAAAGCUUGACUUACUCAAAUAUUGAAGACUAAAAAGCAAUGUCAACAGUCAUAUGUCAAUACAAUAUAUAGAUCAAACAGAGUCACUGUCUUGAUCAUUUUCGGAUUUGGUAUCUACAUGUGCAGACAACAUGAAACUUUAGACUGCAGAAAAUUGCACAAGCAGUUAUCGAACUCGUGUCACAGAAGUGGUUAAGGACAUGGGUGACAACUGCAUGAAUGGUAUCCUUUUGUAAUGUUUUUGGCCAAGGGUGGGUAUUUAUUUUUUAAUUGAUGUUUGAGGUUAGGUAAAAAAAAGUUUGACUUUUUAAUGGUUGGAUCACCUACAGUAAAUUUUUACCACGAAAAACAUUUCUCUUCGGUCCCACCCCUCCCACCCCCCUCCACCACCAUUAAUAAUGACCGGUGUAAUAUUUGGGUCAUUGUUAGGGGCUGAUUACAUGGAGAGUUCUCAGCCCGGGCUGAGUUUCAUCCCGGAUUGCCAGGCUGGAUAAUAUCCUAUUAAAACAGGAUAAUAUCCUAUUAAAACACAGCAAACGAUUACAUGUGAUUUUCCUAUAAUUUUCUUUCGUCUACCGCUCACUCUAGGAUGAAUGAUUACUUGAUUGCAAUCAACGAUAUUUAUGUAUCUGGCUGUCCGCUUGAUGUCGUUGGCAACAUCAUCAAACAUAUUAAGAAAGGCGCUGUCCGAUUAGUCGCAGAAUCUCCUUACGCGGCCGGCCACAAAGGAAAUGGAAACGAGUCUUCUCGGAUGGGUUUGAAAGAGACUGGCACAGAUGUUGGUGUUAGGGCGGGCCGGAAACAGACUGAUAAAGAGGUACCUCGCGUUGUGAGCUGGGAAGGCAUUGGGAACGAGGAUUUUGUUUAUGGCGUCCGAAAUUCUUCCGUUCCUCAUGGAGGAUAUCAUGAGACUGGACCCGAGUGUGAAUCACGUGACAUAAGUGCUAAGUCACGUGACAUUAGUUCCGAAUCGCGUGACAUCAUUGCAAAAUCACGUGAAAUUGGUGCCGAGUCGCAUGCUGUGCGAAGGUUCAAACACGUGGACGACCAUGAACGCAUGUCUAAAGAACGACCGCGCUCUGAGGUCUUGGAAACUAAUAACGACCUCAUCGACAAGGAAUCUAAGAAAAGAAUGAAGAAAAAGGCGUCGGUUAAGGAGAGACUGGGCCGAGUUUUUGGAAAGGAUUCUAGAAGUUCUACGAAAGUUUCUCGGAACAUAUCUUUACCAUUGAACCGAGGCGAUAAGUGGAAGAAGUCGCGAUCAUUAGACAGACUCGAUUGUGAUGAAGUUAUAGAUUUAUCUAGCGAGAGGAAAAGGAGUGAAUCAGAGCUACUGAUGAGUGGUCACAGCCAGGAGACUGGUACUAGCCAGACCCCGAGGACUGUUGCGAACAUUAUCAUUGAAACCGCUGACCGAUCAUCGGAUGAGCAAGCGGGCUCAAGCGAUUCGGUAAGACAAGAAGGUAGCUCUUCCCGAGCCAAGGUUCGAAGAAAACGAAAAUCACUGUAUGAGAUUCCCCCACCCCCUCCCCCUCCCCCCGUGGACGGAGGAGACGAGGAGGACGAGCCUAUCCCUGCAAAGCCGAUACGGUGUUUCUCCAACCCUGAUAUGACCGUGCGAAUCCCUGACGGACAAGAAUGGCCUCCGGCUGGACGAACGUCUCUUACUGAAGGCUCUGAGACAGCUAUCCUGAACAGGCCGUAUUCGAAUUUGAGUAGAUCUGAGGGGAAUGUAAUCGAGUCUGCCUAUUCUGAACGAAUUAGUGAGAAAGAAUUAUCACCUAGGUUUAGUCACAGUAACAGUGCAACCAACUCGAACGAUUAUGAACAUGCCAGAAUUCAGGUAUCAACGGGUAAUAUUAGUAACACGAUACAGCCGAUAAAAUCGAUACAGUCAGUGGAACCAAUGCAACUACCACGGACUGCAAGUCACUCCGAGCGAAACUCCGACAUAAAUAUUCGAAAAGAAAGCCAAAGAGACACUGUCGUGUAUUCUGAGCAGAGGUCAAUGUAUUCUCCCAAAAAGACGACUCUUCAUUCUACGUUCUCGAUUGAUGCACCGGAGCAGACGGUUAAUGAUGGUAAUUUAACACGAAGUCAAAGCUAUAGUACAAGUCCUGUACAUUCACCAACAGGUCCAUCUACUACCUCGCUUCUAAAGAGUUCAGUAUCUGCAACACAAACCAAGAUGCCUAAUUCACAGUUUUCAGGGGAUAAAAUGGAACAACACGAUACGAACCAUGUAAAAACACAAGAUGAUCGCAGAUAUCAAGUUUCUGCUAAAACAACAACUAGCUACCCUAAUGCCGCACCAGCUUACCUUCCGAAAGAAUCGCGACUCUAUUAUCAAUCUUCAGGUAACAUAUCUAACCAAAAUGAGAUCGAUGAAAGUCUUACAAGAACACUCAGUGAUCCCCUACCAGCGCCUAUUCACCAUACUAAGUUACCAAAAGACAUCCACAUUAAAGCCAUUCCACCACCGCCAGAAAAUCUGAGAUAUACCCCUCAAAAAGUUUCGCAUUCUCAGUCCGUAACUCAGAUAUCAUCACGUACUGGGCAAAGCGAAAUUCAUCCUGCACGAGCCCUAAGUGAUCCAGUAAUUACACCCAUAAUUUCUCCUGAAGUACCUAAGAUACUCGAUAGUUCCUCUAAAUCACCAAUAGUCCAUAAACCUGUGAAGCCUGUUGUAUCUCCUAAACCUUCCGUGCCCCCUAAGCCACUCCUAUCCCCCAAACCUUCGGUGGUCUCUAAACGGGUCAGAUCCCCAGUGGCGAGCAAUACAGGCAACAGCUAUACACCAGGAAAUAACGAAUCGAUAAAAUCAAAAGCAAAAGAAAUUGCGUCACCCCUACAGGGAUACGCAGGGGUAGUGCGGGUAAACGAGGGAUAACAGUUGAUAAAUACGUACAUCAAGGGACACAUGAUGAUAGCGAUGACGUAUUUAUAAAGCCACAAGAUGAGAAUAAAUUACCUGACUCGUACCCAGGCCCUGUGAGAAAGCGUCGUUCGUCUUUACCAGAGCAAGAUGUGACGUCAUCAAGUAAUAAAGGACAGGGUGAAAGCAAGCGACGCCCUAAGACAAUGAUGUUACCUCAGGAAGUCCAGGAUGAAGGCGUGUUUACCGUUCAGGUUAGUUGAUUAAGCACGUACGCUAUCAAGGAAGAGCCUGGGAACGAGGUUGGUACGCUAUGCGUACAAACUCCGGCUAUUAAGAUCAUCCUAUGGUCAGUGUUUUAGCAUAAUAAAAUAAAAUAAUAUAAAAAUACAUAAUACCACAAACGAAACAAAAAUGAUGAAAAUAGUUUUUAAAAACAAUUUGUAUCACAUUAAAGUAGUUGUGAACAAAACAGUAUUUACACAAGCUUUUAGUAAUUUAUUCAUUAGAAAUAGUUUUAAAGAAUACCUCUAAACACCUUUGAACCAAACUCUGUGGCUUUCUCUGUGUAAGGUGGAACCGCAGCUUCGUUUAGUCAAAAAAUGCUCGUCUGCAACCAGAACAAAAAAAGGAAGACAUUUUGUUUGAAAAGCACUGUCCACUUCUCCAGUAUAUGCUAAAUAUGUAUACAGCUAAUUCAAAAAAGGUUGUCCUUUGCAAACUCUAAACCUUAAACUCUAAGCGCGCAAAACUUAAUGGGAGCACAAGUUUCAAGCUUAGUAGUUGAAUAUUGCAGCUAUAUGUGAAUGAAUUGUUCUCGUAAGGAGAUAUUUGUCAUGUCUGCAAGAAAUGGUCCCCAUUUAUGAUUUCUAAACUCAUUAAAUGAUGCUACCAUUAUGCUUUCAUGCUUUGCAAGCUUAGAGUUUAAGGUUCAGAGUUUAAGGUUUACAAAGGACAACCGUUUUUGAAUUAGCUUAUAAUUUAAAGCUUAUAAUAAAAAUUAAUUUUUGGUUUUGGAAGUGCUAAAUAUGUUAAUUAAACGAUCUGCAAGUCUUGUGCGCGUGACUUGAUAAUAUAUAUAGUGACAAUCUUAUUAUUUGUCCAUCAAUGUAGUUACUCAAGCAGCAACGCUCUCUUGGUUUGGUCAUUACUGGUGGUAUCGACACCCCCCUGGGUAUGCUCUACAUCAAGGAAAUACAGUCGGGGACGCCCGCAGACCUUUGUCAGCGGUUACGUGUGGGAGAUCAGAUCGUGGAGAUAAAUGGUGUGAACUUACUGGGGGCCACCCAUGGCGAAGCUCUGAGGAUCAUGCGUACUACCCCACCUCUUGUGCAACUGAUUAUCGCAAGACGAAAUGAUAGGUGGGUGUUUUGUAGCACAGAAUACUACACAGAAGUCCAUCUCCAUUGGUUUUUGCGUAAGCGUUAUUCGUCAUGAUUCGUUACUCAGCAAGUACCGUAAGCAGAAGCCGUAACCCCCCUGGACGUACGCCAUUUUUAGUAUUUCCAGGGGGCGACUGCUUCUGUUUACGGUACUUACUGAGUGACGAAUCAUGACGAAUAGAGCUUACGUUAAAAACAAUGGAGAUGGACUUCUAUGUAGUAUUCUGUGCUUGUAGUGUUACUGUCGAUGCAAUGGAAGUGUUGAUAAAAUAUUGCACCAAUUCCUUUCCUCAAGUUGAUCAAUUCAUUUGAUAGAAAAUUGAUCAACUUCCUGUUACUCUAGAUGAGCCAAUUAGAUUUCGUUUCAGAACCGAUUGACCAAUAGGAAACGCACAGGAAGUAAAAAGAAAUUUGAAUUCGUAUGAAUUGAUCAACUUGAGGAAAUGAAUGGACCUUUCCCCUUAUAACUAAAAUUUCGAUCUAGACAAAAAUUUCAUCACAGCUUGAAAGAGCAUCACAAAAUUAGUAAUAUUCCAAAGUUUUGUUGCAAAAUCUUGUAAAAUGCGGAUAAUAUAGCCUUGCGAAGUUUGCCGUUUUUCAGUCAUUUUGUAUUACAAACGGGAAAUUGACAUCCGAUUCGGGUGUUGGGGCAUCAAUUUCCCGUUUGUAAUGCAAAAUGACUGAAAACUGCAAACUUCCCAAGGCUAUAUUUUACUCAUUUUACAACAUUUCGCAAUGAAACUUUGGAAAAUUACUAAUUUCGUGAUGCUCUUUCAAGCUUUGAUGAAAUAUUUGUCUAGACUUGCCUAGAUCAAAAUUUUGGUUAUAAGGGAAGGUCUAUUGAUGCAAUAUUUUAUCAACACUUUCAUUGCAUCGACACUAAACGGUUCAAGGGAUAUUUGUAGAUGGAAUUUUCCGACGAAGAUUUAUGAACAAUUUUAGAAUAUUCUCUGUAUUUUAGGACCGAGGAAAGCCUACAUAUAGAUGAAAGCAAAUUAAAGAAAACAUCACCCACGAGAGCGAACGAAACCAUAAUUCAAACAGCAAUUGUGAACAGCAAAAUCCCUCGAGAAUCCUCCAACCUCGUCUUAAAAACACCUCCCACUUCGCCCCGUAAUAAACAGCGAAAAAUCACGCCCGUUACUAGUCCUACCAGGGAUCGACCGGAUCCCGGUAGCUCCGAUAUCGAGGUAUCGUUUAUCGGAGGGGAGGAAGAGCCUAUUGAUGAGGGACAUGUCGAGAAGAAGAGGAUAGAAGAGGAAAUGAGGUGUAAUGUGACGUUAACAAAGGAUCCUUACAGUGGUGUGGGGAUAAGUGUAUCUGGAGGCAAGGAUACUUCUAGUGAAGAUAUCACGGUAAGAUCACUGAAUUUGGCCAGCCUUUUUCUUCAAGAGCAAUCUUGGACAUAAAUGCUUGAGAGUACCUUUCCCUCUCUAGAAUAUUCGCAUACCCCUUCAUGAUAAAUUCCAUGUCGAAUCAUGUUGCACUUCUUAAGCCCCCACAGCCCCCAAAUCAAUGUUCAGCUUGUGCCAUGCUAAAUUACCAAAAGUUGUUUCGGCGUUGUUGAGGGAGAGGGGGUGACGAAAUUUGAUUUGUCAAUGUGCAUUAACUUUGCAAUAUUGGCUGGAAUGGUCUCAAGGGUUACGUCCAAGAUUGUCGCUGUACAAUAGGGGAACUAGCUAUCCUGUAUAGGGCCCUAAUGUAACAGGCAGAAUUGGUAACAGGUCUAAUUUUGCAAGUUCAAAUCAAAUCAUUUAGUCCUAUUCCAAGUCAAGUCAAAAGUUAUUUAGUCAGCCCAAAUCAAGUCACAAGUCGUUUAAUCCCAGUGUAAGUCAAGUCAUAAGUCGUUUAGUCCCAUGUCAAGUCAGUUAGUUCAAGUUAAUUCAGUCACAAGUCGUUUAGUCCCAGUCUAAGUCAAGUCACAAAUCGUUUAGUCCCAUUCCAAGUCAAGUCAUUUAGUCCAAGUUAAGUCACAAGUCAUUUUGUCUGUGACCAAGUCAUUUAUUUAGUCCAAGUUAAGUCACAAGCCGUUUGUUAGUCCCAGUCUAAGUCAACUCGUUUAGUCCCAUUCCAUGUCAAGUCAUUUAGUCCAAGUUAAGUUAAGUUAAGUUAAGUUAAGUUAAGUUAAGUUACAAGUCAUUCUGUACAGUUCUUUUGUACCAUGUAUUGGGGGAAUCACCAGUAUAUUUACUUUUUUGCAGCUGUUCAAAACUUAGUGACAACCUUUAUUAACUUGACAAAAUAAUCGCGCUAUUACAACUUGUUAACAAACUUGUAGCAAAUUUGUUGCGAACACAUCUUUUUGACAGGAUGUGACAUUCUUACGCGUGUUGUAAUUUGUAUUUUUCAUUGUUCUCCUUAGAUACGCCAAGUCGCCCCAGGCAGUGUAACCGCGCGUGAUGGCCGCGUGAAGGUUGGUGACAAGUUGCUUUUCGUCAACGGUCAAUCCUUGAAAGGCAUGACCAACCCGCAAGUUCUGGCCUUCCUGAAACAAACCCCGAACACCGUCACCCUCACGUUAUCCCGACCGAAGAAACCGUCGGCAAGUAGUCGGAGUCCGCCGCCUGUCGCACAGAAACCGACCAAACCGACAUUCCUCUUGCCACCAAAGGUAGAACCACCCCCCGUCAAAGAGAAACCCCAGGGGAGCGAGGCCUGGCCUGUGAAAGAAGAGAAGCAGCGCAAAGGACUAUGGGGCAGUAUAAGUGGAAGUUUACAUGGAGGUUUGGUGAAAAAACACGCUGACAUUGAUAUUGGAGAAAUUGACUUGGGAGACAGUAGGUAAGUAAAAUAAAGACCCAUUUCCACUCAAGAAAAAUUCCCACGGACAGAAAAUUUUCCGAAAAUAUCAUUGUUAAAAGUUGAGAAUUUUUGACUUAUGUAAAUGAACAUGAUUUUUAUCACAUAUAACACCACCGACACGGCAGUGGUUUCCUUUGUCUUUUCCUCAUGAUUUUUUUUUAAUUUUUUAAAUUCUGUUUAAGAGGAGAUGUUUUUGUAUGUUACGUAACACGCGCUCAAAACUAAUGCGUAUAAUAUACCACUUGAGGUUAUGACUAAAUUCAAAAUGUUUAUUUUUCGAUACGUUUUUCAGUCGGCAAACAAACUUAAAAGUAUGAUUAGUGCAUUUUCUGUAAAAUAAUGCUAAAAUGAAGAGAUUUUAGAUGAUACGCCAAAGAGAAAAUGAUGUCUGAAGUUCAAUAAAGUUUGCUUAUAUGGCUAUAAUUAUGGCGUCAAUUUUAAAGCAUCAUUGAUAAUUGUAUUUUAAUUGACAAUUCAACCGGCAGAUGCAUUUAAAAAGGUAGCUAACUCUAUAAACUAGAGAAUAAAGCUAAAAACAAAGUAAUUUUGAGAGGAACGCCAAAAAGAUUUUAGGUUUUGAACACUUUUCAUUGCAAAUACGUGACAUCGAAAAACAUUGCCUCUUAAUCUAAUCCUUACCAUCCCUAAUUUAACACAAAACAAAUAUGGUGUAAUUUUAGGACAUUUUCCUAUGACAAGUCAGGCAAUAUUUUGUUAAUGUUUUUCAGUGAGCUACCAAAGUACUCGAAACCCACCCCAACCAGAAAAGGCAUCAAAGACCUCUUUUCUCCUCACGACAACGAACCAACCUUAUUGGACAUCGAUGUAGACCAUGGUUCCUCCGGGGUUGGGUUUAGCAUUCGAGGUGGUCAGGACUCCAUAUAUGGUGACUCUUCGUUAUUUGUCGAUACCGUGUUCUCACGGCCGACACAUGGCCGCGCGCCGCGUCUGCGGAGUGGGGACGAGAUUGUCAUGGUCAAUGGACAUGAUAUGUCCUGGAUGACAAACGUGGAUGCGGUGGAAUUGUUGAAUUCUUUGCCAAGAGGAAAGGUGCGCAUUCGAGUACGCAGACGAUAGCCAAGAAUUUCGAGAAAAUUUGGAUGCAAGCACGACAUGUUAAACUGUGCCGGUAAAAUGUCUGUGCGACUUGCCAAGACUUUAUGCUAAAGAGAGUUAGCGAACGAAAAUAUUCUCCUUUUGAGAGGAUGUUUUGUGCACUUCUGUCCACUUGUAAUCAGUAUCUCUGGAUAAAAUACGCUCGUGUACUGAGAAUCGGCUUCAAGUUUUCAUAUGACAAGUUCGUCGGUAUCGGCAACUUUGCCAAUUUUCCACUGUGAAAAGUACACUUGUUCAUUAGCUAGUAUGCUACAAUCUUGGACAUAACUGGUUGAGACUAUUUUUCCCCCUAUAGAAAAUUCGCAUAUUUUUAUGAUAAACUCCAUGUUGAAUCAUGUUGCCUUUCCUAAGCCCCCGCUCCCCUAACUCAAUGUUGAGCUUGCGUCAUGGUAUAUUACCCAAAAUUUUUUGUUUCGGCGUUGUUUACAACAUUGAACUGGGAGGGGGGAGGGGGGGGGGGAAGAGGAGACAAAGUUUGUUUUGUUAAUGUUCAAUAACUUUGUAAUAUUGGCUGGAAUGGUCUCAAGGAUUUUGUUCAAGAUUGUCGCUUUUCAAGAAGUGCACUUGUCAUGGAAAAAAUUGGCAAAGUACAAAUUUUAUUCGUCUGUAUGGCCUAUGGUCAACGAAGAAAAUUUGGCAAUGUUAUUUGAGCACUUGCAUGGCGGUCAGAAAACCAAACACUAGCCAUAGUAAAUGUGUUGUACGUGCGCAAAUUGCAACUGACAAAUGAAAGUUGUCGUUGAAAAUCUUGAAAACUUGUUCGUCUAGCCUGCGAGACGGGCUAAUCCACACCUAAAAAGGAGGUCGAUGACGUCAUACACUUCUUGUACUUUAUUACAAUCUCAUAUGAUAUUGUAAAAUUUUACUCAAACGUAUUAUAUAUUUAUAGUGUUUUAUCUAUUGUUAUUAAUUCGAUUUCUAAAUUGGAAUGAGCGAAUGAAUGAAUAGCAUUAUUUUUAAUCUGCAACUUUUAAUAUACGAAUAUAAUAAUAUAUUUAUGCCAAUAUUCAAUGGAACCUGUAAAUAGUGUAAUCUGCAAUCAAUUAAAAUUAUUCCGAAUUAUCGUAAAAACUGUCAGGGUCGCUGAGAGGUUGCCCGGGGUAAAACUUUCCCGGGGCCCCUAUGACGUCAUAAUCGUGAAACUGGAGAAGCGGACGC